AAGCAACGCGGAGACACCGGACACGUGUAAGUAUGCAUCUUCUUGAAACGUGCCGCGUCGGAAGUAGACGCCAGAAUCUUCCGCUUUACCUGCUCCGAGCUCUCUCCUCUUAUUGCGUCCCUUUAGUCGGCGAGAAGGGAAAAACUCAAAAAAGUUGCGCCUGCAAACUGAGAUUCGUAGCCUGAAUUCCUCGCAUCGACACCAACCAUUCGCCAUUCCGGUUAGGGUUUUGAUUCGAUCGCCGGAUUUCUAAUUCCUUUGCUUCUGAAAGUUGUCUGAAAAUGCAAGGAGGAAGGGGAGGUGGGGAUCCGUUCUUUGGUUUCGGUGGUGAUCCAUUUGCUGGUUUUGGGGGAUUUGGAGGAUUUGGAGGGCGGAGGAGCAUGUUGCCUGGCUUAUUCGACGGAAGGAACCCAUUCGACGAUCCUUUCUUUACUUGUCCAUUUGGAGGAAUGUUCGAGUCCAGUAUCUUUGGCCCCCAUGCAAAUCCUUUCGCGCCAAUGCAUCCACCAACAUAUAUUGAGCAUCAAGCUCCAGUACCCAAUAGAUCACAAGGACCGACAAUUGAGGAACUAGAGUCUGAUGACGAGAAGCAGGAUGCUGAUAAGGAGAGGAAAGAGAACUCCAGAAAGCAUGGGAGGUCUGGUAAAGGGCCAUAUGUUGAGGAAGUGGACGACGAAGCUGAAGGCAGGCAGCGCAAGCAGUUGAUGGCUGAAAAUAGGCACAACAGUUUCAGUAGAGUUCAGUCUCGGCCUCAAAGUCAGAGCUUUGUGUUUCAAAGUUCAAGUGUCUCCUAUGGUGGUGCUGGUGGAACUUACUACACUUCAUCCAAGACAAGGAGAACAGGAAAUGAUGGGGUAACAUUUGAAGAAAGCAAAGAAGCUGAUAGUUCUACAGGCAUAGCAUCUCAUAGGAUUUCCAGGGGGUUACACAACAAGGGUCAUACCGUAGCACGUAAGCUUAACUCUGACGGGAAUGUGGAUUCACAGCAGAUCCUGCACAAUAUUGAGCAAGAUGAACUUGCUAGUUUUGAGCAAGCUUGGAAUGGUAGUGCUGGACCUCAUUUGCCUGGCUGGGGAAGGAACUUCAGUGGUCGUGAGGAUAUGAGGGCCAUUGGGAGUGGACAGAAUCAUUCACAGACUGGUCGUGGAGGGUGGGCCCUUCCUUCAACAGAACGUCCGAAGCCGAUGAUUGGGCGGUCUGUAGUAAACCACCCGGUAGAGCAGAGCGGAUCUUCACGCCGGCAGGACUCGGGGAAGGCAAAACAUGUAGAUGGCAGAGAGAAGCAUCACCACUCUUCCGGAUGGGGAGGGAGAGAUUAGGCUGCCUGAUUAGGCACCACAUGACAAGAAUCGCCAUUCUGCUGCUUUAAUCUUGACCCAUUGCAAAUCUUAAGUAGAUAGUCUACUAUAGAUGAGUGUUCAAGGCAUGCAGAUUGUAGCCGUGCAACGGCGAGAAUUUGACUUGUUCCCCUAAGCUUAUUAGGCCGCGGCCGCGGCUGCGGCUAUGGCUCUCUCUAUCAACAUGACAUUGCUACUUGCUCCAUAUGGAGUAGUUAGUUCCAAAUGGUGUGGCAUGAAAAUAUCCGGAUUGUUGAAAAUAGCAGGCAAAGAUCAGGUGCAUAGAAGCAUCUCCAGCAACAGGAUUAUCAGAAUGCAGAAAAUGCCACAAAAAAGUAGUUUACAACAUUUGCAUGUGGCCUUGUGGGAGUUUUUAA